CAACCGCAAGAGCGAGAGAGAGAAAGAGCGAGCACUUCGAAGCCGUGAAGAAGGAGCAAUGAUCUCGACGAUGGCGAGGGACGGAGCGAUGAGGCCUGGAGUGAGGGCGAUCGACCUCAACGCUUGUGCACCUCCCGUGGAGGUCGACAACCGGAUCCCUCUCCACCAUUACUAUCGCAUCGCCACCAAUCUAUUGAAGCAGGCUAAUAUUUAUCGCGAGGAGAGGAAUCUCAUUGAUCUAUAUAUCAUACUUCUCAGAUUUUCAAGUCUGAUGUGUGAAACAAUUCCUUCCCAUCGAGAUUACCAUGUCUUGCUUCCGAAAGAGAGAGCCACUUUUAGGAAGAAACUCUUAGAUGUUAUAGGUGAGCUAGAAACUCUGAAGCCAGAUGUCCAAAGACAAGUUGAUGAAGUUAAUCAAGGUCAUAUGUAUCAGUUGGACGACCAGGACAAUAGCUAUGGUUUUAAUUCUACCAGGAAGCAAGUCUCACCAAGUACUUACAUCGAGCAGCCAGCAUCCAGAAGUACAUCUCAAUCAGUACGGAAGUUCAAUAAUGAGCGGAAUCACAUUUUGCCAUCAGACAACUUGCAGAGCAGACAAACUCAGAAAUUAUCUGUCAUUGCUCAUCCGAAGGAGGAAACACUUUCUAGACACUCUUUAUUGGGCCCCAAUGGUCUCCGCAGCAACUGGACAGGACCUACAAGUGGCAUAAGGGUCCAAUACCCCAACGAUAUUGACUUGAGCCAAAUUGAAAUUUCAGGCUUGAAUCUGAAUGAGCAACAUGGUCCUCCUGCCGUGAAAGAAAGCAAGCAGGUUAUGUCCGACCUGGACUCUGUUCUCUCUCUUGAUGAUGGUAGAUGGUCUGCUUCUGUUGAUGAACCUUGUACCACUGAUACAAGGCAGCAAGAUUUUCUUCAGCUAAGUAUCAGACAGCCUUCUCCUCCUCCAGUCCUCGCUCAGAUACAAUCAGAGGUACAUUCAAUUCCUCCAUCAAGAGUUGCUGAUCCAAGACCAGGACCUCCAAAGGCUUCACAAGAGGGGCUUUCAACCAAUAAAACAUAUCAGAAUUUGCAUAUUCCGGUAAAUAUGAUGGAGUGUUUCUUAAGACUGGCAGAGAUGAACACUGCAAAGAAUUUAGAAACAUGUGGAGUUCUUGCGGGUUCCUUAAAAAAUAGGACGUUUUAUGUGACAACACUAAUAGUCCCAAAGCAGGAAUCAACAUCUGACUCAUGCCAAACAACUGAUGAAGAAGAAAUAUUUAAUGUUCAAGACAAGCGUUCACUUUUUCCUCUUGGGUGGAUCCAUACACACCCCACACAGACUUGCUUCAUGUCAUCCAUUGAUCUUCACACUCAUUAUUCAUAUCAGGUCAUGUUACCCGAAGCAAUUGCUAUCGUUAUGGCACCCACCGAUACAUCAAGAACACACGGAAUAUUCCACCUUUCUGACCCAAGCGGUGUUUCGGUGAUACGCAACUGCCAGGAACGAGGAUUCCACCCUCAUGAAGAACCUCUCGACGGCAACCCUAUUUAUGAGCACUGUUCUCAUGUUUUCUUAAACCCUAGCUUGAAAUUUGAUACCGUCGACCUCCGUAACUCAUAAACAAAGCUUGUCGAAAGCUUUGUUUCGGUAAUUUUCCAUGAAAUGAAUAUAUAUAUAUAUAUACACACCCAAUGGUUAGGUGAAUUUAUAAUGAGAUUUCUGUAUUUCUGCUACACUUUGAUUGGAGGCUGAUUUGCUCUGUUUUGCUUAAUGUAUAAAGUUCAUAUGUUCAUUGUCAAAAAAGAAAAAAACCAAUGUGUUUCAGAA